UGAAUAUCGUGAUGUUUUUGACAUCGUGUCGCUUGAAAACUCUUCGUGCUAUUAUAUCGUUAGUCUUUUGGUCCUGAAUCUGUCUUCUUGCAAUGGCGGCAUACCCUGAACUACGUUCCUGCUAUCUUCCGGACGGUUCGAAUGCAACUGACUAUCAGUACUAUCCGUGUUCAGGCGACACCCAUUCGUCAUGUUGCCUCCCAAGCCAGCAAGACCAAUGUCUGAGCAAUGGACUUUGCAAUGUCCCUGGGGCAUAUACUUAUCGAGCAGCUUGCACCGACCAAACUUGGAAAGACCCCAAUUGUCCGCAGUUUUGCAAAGAAUACUCGAAGAACUCCUAUGAGGUACUAACCAAUUGUGGUGGUACGGAAUACUGUUGUAUGAGCAGCGACGACGACGACUGCUGCGCGAAGCAGGAGUUAAAAUUCAAUAUAGGGAGCCCUGAGAUCAUAUUCGACUUUGCCACGAUUGAUCCUUUCUCCCGGUCUACGGCCCCUCCUGCUUCUUUUCGAACGGCUUCCCAACAGGGCAUCUUUCCGAGCCAGUCCGCAUCGACCGCCUCCUCCUCGAUUCGCCCGGGAACAACAGGGGCCGAUGGUACCCCAGCGUCAACGUCUUCAGCGACCUCGGGCUCGUCGAAUAUUGCUAUCGCAGCUGGUGUGGGCGUCGGGGUCGGAGUUUUGGUUAUCGCGCUGGCUUUUCUCGGAUUUUGCCUAUUUCGACGCAAGAAGAAGCAGACCGCUGCCAGAGGGAUUUCGUUGCCAGAUGAUCCUAUGAAACCCGAAUUAGCAGGUCAACCUGUGGUUCCACCAGCCAAGUAUGAAUACUCACCGGCAGCCAAUCCUGGUGUGGCGCAGUUGGAAGCCUCUGCCCCUCCAUAUCAGCCCAGUUUUCCCCAAGGAUAUUAUGAAAUGCAGACUCCAACCCCGCAGCUAAAUACCCCUGAACUGAAAACUCACCCGACACGACCAGACGCAAGAUUUCACGGCGGUCCCAUGUAUGAGGCCCCUUAGGGGGGCCUGAGAUGCGUGUUGCGUUUGGCAGAAGAAGACAUGAAG